AUGAAAGUGGGUCUUGGAUCCUCUUCUAUCCCUAAGUUUAUCUCUUGCAAUGGAUCUUCCACUUCUGGUAAAGAAUCGUCUAGUGCUGCUGGCGCAAAGUCUAGUACUUCCUCCUAUAGAGUCUCUUCCUAUUCUUCAGUGCUCUCAUGGGUGAAUUCUGCCAUAUUGAUGGCUGAAUCCUGCAUAGAGAGCCUCAUUUCUUCCCAAUAUAUCAACAAUCUUUUUGACUGA